AGCCACUUAUUUUCUUAGUUCUAUUGGAAAGAGACCAAGCGGCUGCAACAGAGCAACGAUGGCCAAAUUCUUUGCUGUUACGUUAUUAUCAUCCUUCAUCAUGAUACAGCUGAUCACUACCAGCUCAGCUGUACCUGUGCAAAUCGAGGAGGCACAAGCAGUAAUCAGCACAGGCGUUAAUGAUCUCUCCGGUAGCAGUAAACUCGAUUUAACCGCACGCCAUAAGGUGUUGUUGGAAUUUGAAAAGCAUUUUGCACAAUUUUCAUAUGAGGCGAUUAAAGUUAUUUUAGCUGACUUGCAAGCUGCGCCAGAACAUAGUAUUGCGGAUAACAACAAAAUCACUGCUUUGAAGAACGCUUUGGACAAAAUUGAAAAAAUAAACUUAAUCAAUGAGCCGUUAGAUACGCUUGAAGUGCGCUCCGCGACCAACAUAAUCGGCGAAUUAAUUUCUCAAACGAAUAUUAAUUUAGUGAGUGAUGUAAAGGAGCAUAGACAGCUGGCAUUUGAGUUGCAAAGAUUUAAUUUUUUCUUUGGCGAAGCCUUUGAUGAUUUCAUUGCCACACUGACGCCAGAGGAGCGGGAGUUGGACGCUGGCUUGGUGAGUUUACAUCAGCAAUACAACGAAAGUGACGAAGAUGAAAAGUGGCAACUUUGGAUUAAACUAUGGAAUUAUUUUGAGUUAUAAUUCUGUUAUACGUAGAAGUGAGUUUGAUAGUUUUUAAAGUAUAUGUAAUGUAUAUAUAUUUUAAUUCAAAAUAAA